GUGACAUUAACCUGUUCUGUGGGCAGAUAUGCUGGUUUAACAUUUGAGCUCUUCAGAAAACCUCAACCCACCUAUCAGACCAGAGUUUCUCCUCGAUCAGAUGGAGUUUUCAUCAUCACUGAAGGAGGAAUUUACACCUGCAGAGGAUUUAAAACCGAACAUAACUUUAUGACAACUAUGAGUGAUGAAGUUAUUAUACAGGAAACUGAAAUCAAGGCAAAUUUGAAAGCAGACAACACAACCAUACCACCAGGGGGCAGUGUGACAUUAACUUGUUCUGUGGACAAACCUGCUGAUUUAACAUUUGAGCUCUUCAGAGGAUCUUCAUCCACCUAUCAGACCAGAGUUUCUCCUCGAUCAGAUGUAGUUUUCAUCAUCACAGAAGGAGGAAUUUACACCUGCAUAGGAUUUAAACUUGGGACAAACUUUGUGACAUCUAUGAGUGAUGAAGUCACCAUUAAUAAGAGAGUUUCCAACAGAGUUUCAGUCACUUCACAACCAAACCGAUCUCUGAUAUACAGAGGAGAGAAAGUCACUCUGAGAUGUGAGAUCCAGGAUGAUGGAAGAAAUUGGUGGACGUAUGAAUGGAAACCAACCAAUAGAAACUUUCCAUCAUCCAGUGAAUAUAUGAUCAACUCAGCUACUGAUGCUGACAGUGGAGAAUACAGCUGUAAGGGUAGAAGAGGCUACGAGUUUACAGGAUGGAGUGAAGCCAUCAGACUGACAGUGUCAUCUGAUAAACCCAGAGCCACCCUGAAGGCAGAGAAAAGAAUCAUACCAGCAGGGGGCAGUGUUACACUGACCUGCUCUGUUGAAGGAUCUACUGGCUGGGAGUUUUACUGGAUCAGAAAUGGACAAUAUUAUUCUGUAGUUGGAUCCUCCAGAAACACAGAACCAGAUGGAACCAUCAGAGUCUCAGAGGGAGGAGAGUACAGCUGCAGAGGAAGAAGAGGAGACUCAUCUUUUGAAUCAGAAACCAGUAAAGAGGUCACCAUUGAGGAAACUGCUCCCAAUAAACCCAGUUUGAUUCUGCAACCCAACUGGUCUCAGAUCUACAUAGGAGAGAAAGUCACUCUGAGAUGUGAGAUCCAGGGAGGAACUGAGUGGACGUAUGAAUGGAGAUCAACCAAUAGAAACUUUCCAUCAUCCAGUGAAUACAGCAUCAUAUCAGCUACUGAGUCCCACAGUGGAAAAUACAGCUGCAGAGGAAAAAGAGGGUUUUCCUUUACACCAUGGAGUAAUGUUGUUAAAAUAACUGUAUCACCCAAACCUCAUCCUGUCCUCUCUGUGUCUCCAUCAUGGCCGAAUCCUGGAGCCUCAGUGACUCUGAGCUGUGAGGGUUUGGAGCAUCAAUCAGCAGGAUGGAGGUUCUUCUGGUAUAAAGCUGUUCCUGACACAUCCAAGCAAAACUAUCUACCAUCCUACAGCUAUGAGCUGCUGCCUGGCAGCACCAAUGGGACUGAGCAGAACUCCUUCAUCAUUAAUGGACCGACUCACACAGCAGGAUACAAGUGCAGAGCAGAAAGAGAAGAACCAAAGUUUUACACUGAUUACAGUGAACCAAAGUUUUUCUGGUCUGCAGAUCCUCGUCCAGCAGCUUCUCUCUCAGUGAAUCCUGACAGAGUUCAACACUUCAGAUCUGACUCUGUGUCUCUGAGCUGUGAGGGAAACUCUGCUGAGUGGAGAGUGAGGAGGUUUAUAGAAAGAGAUGGACUGUCAGACUUUACCUGCUCCUACUGGGGGACAAUGACUGGAUCUACAUGCACCUUUAAACCAUACUAUUAUAUGGAUGGAGUGUUCUGGUGUGAGUCAAAAUCUGGAGAGUUUAGCAACGCAGUAAACAUCACUGUACAGAAUGAUAAUUAUGAUGGUGUUAUCCUGGUGAGCCCUGUUCAUCCUGUGACUGAAGGAGAUCCUGUUACUCUGAGCUGCAGAGAUAAAAAACAAAAUCUUCUCUCCAAUGUGUUUUUCUAUCACAAUGAUAAACUCAUCAAUAAUGACAGCAGAGAGGAGCUGAAGAUCUCUGCAGUGUCAAAGUCAGAUGAAGGUUUCUACAAAUGUCAACAUUCAGGAAAAGAGUCACCAAGGAGCUGGAUGUCUGUUAGAGUAACUGUAUCCAGUCCUGUCAGUUCUUCAUUUCCUGUCAUGUUGAUCGUUGGACCAGUUGUUGGAAUCGUUGUCAUUAUUCUCAUUAUUCUCCUGAUCUUGUUGUGGCGCUGCAGACGGUCCAAAGAUCUUUGCUGCAUAAGGUCAAAGGGCUCAGAGGUCAGAGGUCAGAGCUCCACCACAAACCAGCCUGAAGGUCCUGAAUAUAAAUCUCUUUCUCAUGGUAAUGUUCAUCUCUAUGAGAUGAUCGGCUCGGCUGAAGCUUCUGGACAUGCAGCAGAUGAAGCCCCAGAGGUUACAUACUCUCUCAUUGAAAUGAAAUCCUUUAGGAAAGACAGGAGACAAGGUGGACCAGAAGAGGGCGCUGUUUACUCUGAGGUGAAAACAGGAGCUGCAGGGAAGUCGGGUCCUGCAGCAGCGGAGGCAUCAGUUUAUUCUGAAAUCAGAAAAGCACCAGCUGUGGAAAACAGUGCUGCCAUGUAGGCUGCAGGCUCUGAGUUUAUCCUGCAGUUUAUUACAAGACUCACAACAACUGCUUUGAUCACACAAUAUUUUUAUCCGUCAUAAGAAAUCUCCUAGAGAAUCUGUAUUGGUCACUCAAAGAAUAAUUCUCUGAGAUCCAAAUCGUCAGAUGUGCUUAAACUUUAGUAAAGGUUUUGCAAUGCAACAUUUUAUAAAGACUCACAAAUCGUUUUUUUUUAACACAACGCAAAUUGUGAAUUGUUUUGUGUUUAUUUGUUUCUAGAAGUAUGUUGCAAUUAAAGUUACUAAAUUUGAUUUGGAACAGUUUGAUUUGGUUUCAUGUGAAGCAACUUUGCUUCACAUUUAACUUUUUAUAUCAAAACCUUGUGACUGUAUUUUUAUCAUCAAGCACGUUGUAAAUUAAGUAGAUUGAUCAUUUGAAUGCAACACAUAAAAUCAAUAUAAGAUGUUAGACAUAAUUGGGCACAAUAGUGAUUAAAAUGAUUUUUACAGUCUCAGGUAAAUAGAUUGUUUUAUUAAUGCUACUUGUAACUGAGCGACAAUUAUUAGAUAUAUAUCUUUGCUCUUUUGUUAUUAUAGUAUUUCAGUUGAAGCUUAAACCUGCACACUUACUGCUAGAUGGAGUUUUUACACCUUAACAGCUAGACGACAGGAAAGUACUGAACUUUAUGCAAUCUUUGGUAUGUGUAGAAUAUGCAUCUAUAGGCACCUUGCAGCUCACAUUUGUGAAUUUCCUUUAACCAAUAAUGUUUAUUGGUUGAGCAGCAGCAGCUGAAUUGAUUCAUUUUCUGUUUCAAAUGAUGAAAUAGAAAUAAGUAAAAUAUGGGAUCUUUUUUAUCUAUUCUUGUUGCUUUAAGUUAGUUUGCAGUAGAGUUAUGCUCCUUCACAAUAUCAGGAUUUUUUGUAUAUUUUGGAAUUAGAUAUAUAUAGCAAGCAUGUUGACUUUUAUUAAAAAUAUAUUCAUUCAUAAGUUCUAAAUAUGUCUCUUAGUUUUUAUAUCUUCAUGGAUUUCAGCGAUUUCUCUCUGUAGUGAUUUUUGUUUUUGCUUGUGUGCUGAAAUAAAAGUAACAUCAUCAAUGGCUUGUUCAAU